AUGACGAGCAGCUCUAGUUCCAGCUAUGAUGGUUCGAGUUCGAGCUAUGGCUCUUCAUAUGAUGAUGAUAUAUCAGAUUAUGUUGGAAGCGAUGAAUCUUCAUCCAGUGUUGCUGAAGGGGAUUUGAACUACCAAAGAGCAAAACGAGAAUUGCAAAGUGAGCAUCUCAAUGUCAAGCCAGCACAGCUUUUGGACCGGCACCGUCGCCACCUGGAAGGGUGGGGCAAUGACAUGGUCCGCAAUGUUGGUUCGCGAGUGGGAAAAGUGGUAUCGAUGCUCCCAGUUCCGUUGACUUUGAUGAGUGAUUGUUCAGGGGCCGAAGGUGCUUUGUGGGGGCUUCAAGAACUUGUUGGGAACAAGGUCACCCUCACAGCUAGCACUGACAAAGGCUUAGCGCCACUGAAGUUUAUCCUGGCAAAUUGCAAUCCAAGAAAGCUAUUUACAGAGAUGUCUGGCCGCUCAUAUGAUGGACUGUCUGAUGCCAUGUUGUAUGCAGGGGGGUUCCCCUGCACACCGUUUUCUGGCCUCCGCCAGAAUAGCUUGCUCUUGGAUGAGCCUGAAGCGCAAUGUUUUUGGGAUUGCUUGGAAGCAAUCAGGAGGACAGAGCCGUUGGUUGCAUUGCUGGAGAACGUGUAUGGAAUUUUGAGGGUAAAGAAACAGGUCUGGAAAGAGAUGGACCCUCUGAAGAAAAAGUACCUCAUUUGCGCUAUCAAAGUUGAUGCUCAACAUCUAGGAGACCCCGUUUGCCGCCGCCGCAUCUAUUUCAUUUUGAUACGGAGGGAUGUAUGCGACAAGAAGAUUAAAAAUCAUUUGGACCUGGAGAAGCAUUGCUCAUCAGCUUACCAAAAGCUGAAAAGAAAGGAACCAACCAUUUCUGUGUCAGACCUGAUGCUGCCAGCAUCGUGCCCAUAUGUGCAAGAUGUUCAGAGACAGCGGGAACAAACAGUUCAAAAGACAAGGAAACACAGUGAGUUUGAUCUCACUGAAGAGCCCAAAGCCAAACGUCCUCGAUGGCUUCAAAAGCAUUGGCAAAAAAUGCAAGAACUAGAGGUGGAUCCCAAGAACCUUCACAAAGUCGAUGCUGCCUCUAGAACUUUCAGUUCACAAAGGGCAGUUCAUGCUGUGGAGGUCUACGAGUCGGGUGGCCACAAAGGGACAUUGAGUGUUUCUCAACAAAUUAAUCGAAUGACAGUCAAAGGCCAAAAUGUUCCAUGUAUCACUCCUGGCGCCCAACUGUGGAAUAUGGAGAAGAAGCGCUUGCUCACAGGCCUGGAGAAAAUGCUUUUUCAAGGAUACCCCGUUCAUCGGUUGAAGCUACGCCAAAUGAAAGAAAAGGAACUUCAUUCGCUUGGAGGGAACGGGAUGAACAUCAGGAGCGUGGCAGCUGCUUUUGCAGUGGCCUUCAGUGUGCUCGAUGUGAGUGCAUUUUACAAGGCAGCAAUGGACAAAGCCAAACAGUGA